AGUAACUUCCCGACCUCGCGUGUUUGUUGUGUAUGUAAUCGUGUUAUAAACAAGAAAAACGUAAAGUUGAUUCGUGAACUUUUUACUAUACGUAUAUAAAUUUUAAACAUAUUGUAAAUAAAAGAAACAAUGAUUUCAUUAAAUAUGACACUUCGUAAAGCUUAUAAUGCAAGUUUAUGUAGACAAACGGAGUUUUUAAGAAUACAAAUUUGUAAAUUUGCAACAGUUGAUGAAAUGAUAAGUGAAGCCAAAAAUGCUGGAAAAUAUCAAAAAAUUAAAACAAGGAAGGAAGAUAAUAAACUUAGGAGAAAAAUAUUGGAAGAAACUUAUUUCAGUCCUGGAGCAAGAAAAUAUGAAGCUGUUGCACAGUCUAUAUCUGACAGAGGAUUUUGCCGGGAACAAGUCCCCUAUAAACCACCUGAAGAUACAGAGAAUCAAAUAAAAAUUAUAAGUCAAGAUAUUUUUGGGAAAGUAGAUAUUGAAUGGAAAGAUAUUUCACUUGAAGAUUCGUAUUUAAAAUAUAAAUUGCUGACUCGAUGUAUUCAACAUUUUAAUCAUGAUAUUCCAAAUUCACUUCUUCAUAAGAUGACAAAGCUAAGUGAUGUUUUAGAGUAUUUCCUUACACCAGUAGAAGGAAUAUUGCCAUAUGAUGUCUUGGUUCGAGACAGUAAUAAACUACCUCAGAAUCUCUGUGUCAUCCCAAAUCCAUUGCGUUUUCAUCCUGAGACAGAUACUCUGUUUGGAGGAAUCACUGCUUUUCCCAAAAGUGCUACUAUUGUUAGUGGUCUUAAAUCAAAAAAGAAGUACAGAGGAUAUAAUCCAAAUCCACCUAUACCAAAAAUAAUAUAAAAAUGUGAAAAAAUUUCAAAUUGAUAUAUUUUUUCCAUAAUUUAUAGAAUGCAAUCUUGUUACUAAUUUUAUUGCUUUAU